AUGGCCGCCCGUCGGUCUCUUACCCGGUCCAUCCCCGCUCUCCGCGCUGCGUCUCCCCGCACGACGGUGGCCGGCAUCUCACCCGCCAGGGCUGCUGCAGCGUCCGCAUCGCGCUCUCUUUCAACCUCUUCCCUGUCUUCCUCUCGCUCGCUAGCAUCACAAACACCAUCAGUCGGCUCCAUGGCUGCCCGACGCAGACUUCACGCUACUGCUCAACAACUCGCCCCCGCAACUACAUCCGCGGCUAGCACCGCCACCGAAUACCCGACGAGCCAUGAGGCCAUUACCAACCCAAUCGAUACUACCAACUUCCUUGACAAUGAGUUCUUGCCUUCCAAGGCGAGCACCUGGAUCGAUCUGUAUGACCCAGCCACCAACAAUCUCGUCACUCGUGUGCCCCAGAGUACCGAUGAGGAACUCCGCGCUGCUGUCGAGUCCGCCCAAAAGGCUUUCCCAGCAUGGAGGGCUACAAGUAUCAUGGCUAGGCAGCAGAUUAUGUUCAAGUUUGUCAACUUGAUUCGUGCUCACUGGGAUCGUCUGGCUGCGUCGAUCACUCUCGAGCAGGGCAAGACCUUUGCGGAUGCCAAGGGUGAUGUCCUUCGUGGUCUGCAGGUCGCUGAGACUGCGUGUGGUAUUACCACCCAGAUCACCGGUGAAGUGCUGGAAGUCGCAAAGGACAUGGAGACUAGGAGCUACAGGGAGCCCCUUGGAGUUGUUGCUGCUAUCUGCCCUUUUAACUUUCCUGCCAUGAUUCCUCUCUGGUGUAUCCCUGUUGCUACCAUCACCGGAAACACCCUGGUCAUGAAGCCUUCCGAGCGUGACCCUGGAGCAGCCAUGAUCCUCGCUGAGCUUGCCAAGGAAGCAGGCUUUCCUCCUGGUGUUAUCAACAUCAUCCACGGAUCUGCCAAGACAGUCGACUUCAUCCUCGACGCUCCUGAGAUCAAGGCCAUCAGCUUCGUCGGUGGUAAUCGUGCUGGAGAGUACAUUUACAGCCGUGGAUCCGCCAAUGGCAAGCGUGUACAGGCCAACCUAGGUGCCAAGAACCACGCCGCCGUGCUUCCCGACGCAAACAAGAACCAGACACUCAAUGCCAUUGUUGGGGCUGCCUUCGGUGCUGCUGGUCAGCGUUGCAUGGCGCUCAGCACACUCGUCACAGUCGGCGAGACCAAGGAGUGGCUUCCUGAGAUGGCAGAGCGCGCCAAGGCCCUGAACGUCAACGGAGGCUUCGAAGAGGGUGCAGACCUUGGCCCUGUCAUCAGCCCCGAGAGCAAGAAGCGUAUCGAGGACCUGAUCGCCAGCGCUGAAGAGGAGGGCGCCACUAUCCUCCUUGACGGAAGAGGCUACAAGCCCGAGAAGUACCCUAACGGCAACUUCGUCGGUCCUACCAUUAUCACCGGUGUCACUCCCGAGAUGAAGUGCUACAAGCAGGAGAUCUUCGGCCCUGUCCUUGUCUGCCUGGAAGUCGAGACUCUCGACGACGCCAUCGAGCUCAUUAACAAGAACGAAUACGGAAACGGUGCCGCUAUUUUCACCCGCUCUGGCCCCACGGCCUCCAAGUUUCAGAAGGAUAUUGAAGCCGGCCAGGUCGGCAUCAACGUCCCCAUCCCCGUCCCGCUGCCCAUGUUUUCUUUCACCGGUAACAAGAAGAGUAUUGCUGGUGGUGGUGCCAACACUUUCUACGGCAAGCCUGGUCUUCAGUUCUACACUCAGCAGAAGACCGUGACGAGCUUGUGGCGCGCUGAGGAUGCUGUCAGCACCAAGGCUCAUGUUGUGAUGCCUACUCAUUCUUAA